AUGUCCCAGUGCGUCAGCUGCAACAACCAGCCCAAUGACAACGACUCCCUCGGCGGCGGCACCCACGAGGGCGCCGUGACGCCCAUGGUCGUCGGCAUCAUAGCCGGCACCGUCGCCGUCUUCGUGCUCGUCCUGUGCGCCCUCUUCUACUGCGCCAAGCUCGAGAACGACAAGGCCCGCCGCAGCCUCAAGGCCGCCGAGGCCGACGACCACCUCGCCGUCGAGACUGUCGGCCCUGGUGGUGCUGGCUUUGGCUUCCCUACUCCACCACAGCAGCAGCAGAAGCAGCAGCAGCAGCAGCAGCAGGACAAACAACCAUCGCCGGCUCCGCCGCCGCCCCCUGAGGAGCUCGGCGCGGCCAAGCUCGGCCUUGGGGAGCGCCGCCCGUCCUCGGUCACUGUUGUCGCCGGCGAGGCGGAUGAUUCCCGCUGUGGCACUACUGGGGCUGGCGCCAACAGCUCGUGGAUACCCGCACGCGUGGUCGGCGGGAGGAAGAAGGCGCUGUUUGGGUGGGGAGGGGGGAAGAAAUCACAUGGUCGUGAUAACCCACCCGUGACGGCCAUAGAGAUGGUCUGA